AUGGAAAUUCAUGGCUUGGACAAGGCGGAUUUCGCUGCCCUCAUGCAAGAGCCGGUCUCUAGUCCUGAGAGGACGUCGAAACGACAGGUGAUAAAGGCAUUUGCUUCCAAGCUGAAGAGGAGCACUACCAAGAGAGGAUCACCAGGCGUGCGUUCUCACAAAAGUCAACUUCUGGAUGUUCCCUCUGUGGUCGUCGAAUCCCAACCCAACAUACUCGCCGAGUGGGGCAGCAAAAGGUCAACCGAGUUGCCCCGUCCAUCGAGAGAUUCGGUAGUCGGACAGUACUAUGUCGGCAACAUCGCCAAACCAUCACACAACUCACCCAGGUCAAGUCCCAAGCAACUGAGCCACGAAGAUCUUGUCAACUACUUCGCCGGAGCACCAGAAUUUGAGAUCAGAUCACUUAGGCCCAGAGUCAGCUAUCGAUGGAAGCUAGAUGAGGAGAGCGGAGAACCUCAAGACUUUGUCGAUGUCAGCCACCGGACUUUUGAGGCUGCUACUCUGCGGCGUCGCGAGAGAACGAGACAACUUCGAGAUCUGGUCGCAGAAGACGCAGAGGGCCAGAUCCCCAUGAUGGAAGUUCCGAACAUGCUGAGUCUCAACGGAAACGAACCUGGAACCAUCGGUCUGGAAUACUUUUUGCAAAUGCCUCUGGCGGAUAGUAAGCGUUGCGCAGAAGACGAGGAUGAAGCCUUUCAGGCCAAGAGGCAAUUGCUGGCUACGUCGCCGGAAGACCUAGAGCUCAGGCCACUCAACUUGGAGUAUCUGAUUCACAGACUGAGAGAGAUUGGUGAUAGUCGACAUCCUAGAUCUACCGACGAACACCACGAACGAAAACGCGGCAAUCGUACAGCUGAUGAACUCCAUACGGAACUGUUCUCAAACCUGCUUGUAGAGCCUGAAAGGGAAGAAGACGACCCUCCGUUUACAAAUCUCGAAGGUCAGGUUGUGGCACUCGCGAGAGUUCUGGUGACUACUAAAACCUGGUACGACUUCAGCUUGGUGGAACAUCGAAUACGCUUGGGCCAAAUCUUAUGGCCAUCGACAGAUUAUGAUGACGAAUCUGCAAAUGAUGUUGAGGAUCCGGCGACGCCCAGCGAACGCGAUAUUCUGCUCCUUCAAAUCGCUCUGGCUUGCGAACUGUUGAUCCGUGUUGAGCUCUCUGGAUUUCCCACUUCUGGCUUUUCAAGGAAGUUGCGAUGGGAUCUGGUUCUUGCACAACGCUUUUUGGACAGCAUCAACAUUGCACCGAAGACAUCAGCGGAAGAUGAGAGUCCCUGCCGCAACAGUUUCAUGUCGAUCGCUAGUUUUGUAACAGCAAGGGAGAGCUUGGACGAACCCCGGACAGAGCCAAUCAUGUUCCCAAGACAUGAAAAGAGACAGGUAGCCGGCUUGCUCAGAUUCGCCGAAGCACUAGCAUGGCCACACACAGAAGAGAUUCAAGAACGCUUUGCCGAAAGAGUGAGAAGGCACUCGCGCGACGCAGGCAGAUUCGGCGUCUACGGUGCAGCUUUAGGUACGCCUAGCCAAGUGCUUGCUCAAAGCAACUAUUUCGCUCAACAGAAGCGGCCACAGGUUGGUCGCACAGCGACUGCACAGUCAUUACAACUCCUGCCUGCUUCAGCUUAUGGAGCAGAUGCUUUCGAUCUCGGCGGCUGGUUGAGUCGAUCUUGGCUGACAGGCUUUGUGUUGCCAGGCGAAUCUACUUCUCACCUGCUCAUCUCGACAUUACUGGAGAAUUCGCCUUCGGCAGUGGCUGCACUAGGCGAUGCGGCCAACCUGUACCAAGGCUUUGUCUACAAGUCACGCAGCUACUGGAGCAAAAGCUGCGUUGUGGGAAGAGUCAUUGCAGCUGCUAAUGGUGCGACGGACUGUAUGGGCUGGAUCUCUUGCAGCAGCGCACCCGUGGAUCAACGGGACGGAUGGGCAAACCUCGAAGUCAAAGAUCUGCCAAACUCUGCCACCCCUCGCAUAUCCGACAGCACAGUUCUCGCAGCCGACUCGGCAUUCAUACCUGACGAGAAGAUCACAGUCACAGACACCGAGUUCACCUGGCCAGUGGAUGGCUUCACAGUACUAGGCAACGAAACACAAUACCUAGGCUUCAGCCUCCUACCCACAGGCACAAGUUUCGAACUCAGCGCUGCCGUUGCAUCAGACGAACUCUCCCCCAACGACGCACAUCUCGCACCCAUACCAACUUCAGUAGCAUGUCUAGAGUUCAGUGCAAAGCGCAACAGCAGCUCACGGCCACCAACAAAAGUGACGCUCCCACUCCUCUACGACGUCCACUUCAUCUCCGCCACCCCUUGUUUCCCAAACAUCUCACGACCAUCCACACCAGCCACAACCACCUCAACCUCAAAGUCUCGCUCGCGCUCAGGCACCGAAGCUCUGUCAAAGGAGCUACCUGCACCUCCCACGCAUCCUUUGCAUUGUUCUUAUGCCGUUGAGAUCAUUCCCGCGGCAACGAUCCUAGCAGAUGACUUUACAGAUACGGUACACCUCGGCGACGAAACCGUGGUUCUGGACUGCAGAGGUACUGGAGAGCUGCAAUUGCUGGCCAGGGCCUGGUGUGCCAAAGUCGGCGAGAAUGCUGUGGUGGGUAGAGUUGGAAAAACGUGUUUGGGUUGUUGUGUUAGAGAGGCAAGAGGGUUGGGCGUCAAGGUUGUGAUUAGGAUUUGA